ACAAUUUACCCAUACAUCAAAAUUCACAUCUCGUAAAAAUAGUCGCCAAUAGCCACUACUCAAGUCAUAUACUACAAUUUAUGAUCAUUCAAUACUUAGAAGCCCUGUUUCGAGACCCUUCGCCAUGGCCCUCGCAUACCCAGAGGGAGAAUGCUUCUUUGUGCGAGAUGGUCUACGUGCUCGGCGGCCCACUCAUUAUUCCUACGAUGCUAACAGACCCGAUCAUUUCAAAAACCAUAUGAUGGUUGAAUACAUCUGGAAUAGGCCAGCGCAUUCUUCAUGGGAUGCAAAUUCGGGCUAUAAUAGCAGGGGACAUGAUCAUCCUAGAACAGCCUACACUAUCACGAGAGUAUUGCUACGAUCGUAUCAUGGCGGCUUUAAUUACUUGCCCUUUUCUUAUGGUGCAUCAGAAAGUAAUAUUCGUACAAGAGUACAACAUGAACUUUGUACACGUCCUAGGACCUUUGAUGAUUGGUGGUAUGGAGCUUCAGAUGAGGUAUAUCCUUUCCUCUAAAGCCUACCUUUUCUCCUCUCACUGACCUUUCAGUCCUGGUUCAUGCAUAUGCCAAUGCCUCAUCCAGGUGAAUGGAUCUGGAUAGAUGUAAGUUAUUCAACACACCUCAAAGUCUCGGAAAAUAAAAAAGGCAAUGGCUGACAAGGCCAUCUCCCGAUAGAUGGUUGCCCACAUUCGAGCUGUCUAUCUUCCCUUAUCCUACUACGCCUCCGAGAGCAACCAGAACCUAUGUUGCUUUGUCCAAAUAAAUUUCGCUCAAAACCGCACCGUUGCCGUUUGGCGUGGCGGUAAUAGUAUGGUUACUCAUGCUAUGAACAUCACCACAGGUCUAGGCGUUCACCAUGGCCAUACCAUCGGACUCAAUGUCCACGAACUCCUAAAACUGCUUGCUCUUCCCCGUCAACUCCGCAAACAAAAUCCAUACGCGGCCAGGCUCAUCAAAAUUGUUCCCAACAAUCAUGUUGCAACACAGAACAUACACAAUGUUACAACUUACAGGCAUGAAUAUGAUGUUGAGUGGCUCACAGUCGCCAAAGCCAAUUUCGGAUUGGACCUUCAGUGGAAACCCGCCCAACGUUCCAGCUGGCUUAAUGAUUUCUUCAGAGAUGUACUCACUAAUCUCAUUUCUAUGAUCCCUGUGGCGGGUCCAUUCCUAGCCAUACUGUUCCCCGUCGCGUGGACGCUUGUUGUUGAUCCCGAUUCGGCAUGGGAUAUGUUACGCGACCUUGUUCCGGGCGUCAAUCUCACGGAUCAAAUGGUGAGGGCACUGUUACUUUCUCUCGACGAGACUAAAGAAUACUUGCCCGAUGGAUGGGAAGCUAUUGCUAUCCCUCAACAACCAAAGUCGGUGGCCAUGAUCAAGACUAAGGCAAUUAACCCAGGAGCCACGAAGGACGAGGCUUUGACGGAAGAUGGUGCCAAUGAAACUGUUGUGGGCUUGGCAUUCUGUAUUGCUGAGGAUAUCCUUGCAAAAAGCGGAAAAGAGAGAGCAUUUGAGCAUCAUGUCGAAGAUGCACCGCCUGACGAGGGAGGCAAUCCAGACGGAGACAUUGAAAAAGUGAAUCCCCCAUCUGAGUUUCCCGAUCAGAAGGAGGGUGAUGAGGGAAGAUGGGAAGGAUGGGGCAACUAAAUUGAAGUGAACACUAUGGUAUUUGAGGUUAUAAAUGAAAUUGUGUGCAGAAAGAUUGGGAAAUUCUAUGAGCUUCCAACAUCAAAUUAUCGAGCGCUUAUGGUACCGUUUUUGGUAUAACUACUCGGAGCUGCCACUAUCUUUCAUUUCAAGGUAUUUAUAUAGUUAUGUAGUAUCCCAUCAUUAGCCUAAAAUUGAAUGAUAAAACAGU